CUGCCCCGCCCUCGCCGCCAGCCAAUAGCAGCGUGCCGUCCCACCCCGCCCCCGCCCGCAGCCAAUCGGCGCGCGCCGGCCCGCGACGAAUCAGCGAGCGCCAUUCGCACCCCGCCCCCAAAAGCCACGCCCCCAGCCGACAAUAAACGCAGCCGUUCAUCCGCCGCUCAUUUGCAUAUAGGCCACGCCUCCCACGGCCACCGACCAAUGGGAGCGCGGCGUCGCGCGGAGGGGGCGGGGCCCCAGCACGUGCGGGGAAAGGGCCACGCCGCGGAGGGGACCCCAGGACCCCCAAAAUCCCCAAAAUUCCCAAAAAAGUCCCCCAAUUUCCCCAAAUCCAGGGACCCCCGAAAUCCCCACAAUCCCCCAAAUCCCCUGAAAUCCCAAAAAUCCCCAAAUCCCCCAAAAUCCCCCAAAAUCCCCCAAAUCCUUAAAUCCCCCAAAUCCAGGGACCCCUGAAAUCCCCACAAUCCCCCAAAUCCCCUGAAAUCCCAAAAAUCCCCAAAUCCCCCAAAAUCCCCCAAAAUCCCUCAAAUCCCCAAAUCCCCCAAAAUCCCCCAAAUCCUGGAAUCCCCCAAAUCCCCAAAUUCCCGCAGUCCCGGGACCCCCGAACCCCCCCCGGUCCCCCCCACGGGGUCUCCGGGGCAGCCCCUGCCCCCCCUCCCCCCUUUGGGGUGCCCCCCCCGCCCCUCCCCCACCCGCGCGUGGGUGGGGGGAGGGGCGUGGGAGCUUCCCACGGCUGGGGGAGGGGCGGGCGCGGCCCCGUUCGUGCCCCGGCAGGUGCGGGACGGCCGGUACCGGGAUCGGGAUUGGGACCGGGAUCGGGAUCGGGAUCCGGAUCGGGACUGGGCUGGGAUCAGGACCGGGAAUUCGAUUAGGAUCGGGAUCAGCACCGGGAUCGGCACCAGAACUAGCACCGGGCUGGGAUCGGGACCGGGACCGGGACCGGGAACGGGAACGGGAACGGGAACGGGAACGGGAACGGGAACGGGAACGGGACCGGGACCGGGAUCGGGAUCGGGAUCGGGAUCGGGAUCGGGACCUGGACUAGGAUCGAGACCGGGUCGGGGGAUUGGGAUCGCGACUGAGACAUGGACCGGGACAUGGAUCGGGAUCGGGACCCGGAUCAGGACCGGGAUCGGGACCGGGAAGCGGAGCCGUGUCCCGCCCCGGGGCCCCCCAAAGCCCGGCCCGGGCCGCCCCCCGGCCCCACGCGCUGGGGCAUCUGCUCGGCCGGGGCCAUCAGCCACGACUUCGUGCUGGCCCUGCAGACCCUGCCCGCCUCGGAGCACACGGUGGCGGCCGUGGCCGCGCGGGAUUUGGGGCGCGCCCAGGCCUUCGCCCGGCACUUCGGGGUGCCCCGAGCCUACGGAUCCUAUGAGGAGCUGGCCGAGGACCCCGACGUGGACGUGGUGUACGUGGGGGCGGUGAACCCCGCGCACCUGCCCGCGGGGCUGCUGUUCCUGCGCCGCGGCCGCGCCGUGCUCAUGGAGAAGCCGAUGGCGCUCGGGGCCCGCGAGGUCGCGCAGCUCGUGGGGACGGCGCGGGAGCGCGGCGUGUUCCUGAUGGAGGGGUUCUGGACCCGUUUUUUCCCCGCCUGGCGCCGCCUGCGCUCGCUCGCGGCCGGGGGGGCCCUGGGGACCCCCCUGGUGCUGCGGGGGGAGCUCGGCUUCGCCCUGGGGGGGGUCCCGCGGCUGCGCGAGCCGGGGCUGGGUGGGGGGGCCCUGCUGGACCUCGGUGGCUACGGGCUGCAGAUGGCACUGGCCCUGCUGGGGGGGGGCCAGCCCCCCACCCGCCUGCGGGCCCACGGCGUGCUGCACCCCACCGGCGUGGACGAGUCGGUGUCGGUGACGCUCGAGUUCCCGGGGGGGAACCUGGCCGCGCUCACCUUCUCCAUGGCCGCGGAGCUGCCGGGGGGGGCGGCCCUGGGGGGGCCGCGGGGCUGGGCCGAGCUGCCCAGCCACAUGAACUGCCCCACCGAGCUGCUCUGGGGGGGUCGCCGCGAGCGCUUCCCGCUGCCCCCCCCGGCCGAGCCCCUCAACUUCCCGCACAGCACCGGGCUGCGCUACGAGGCACAGCAUGUGCGGGAGUGCCUGCUGCAGGGACUGACCGAGAGCCCGGAGAUGCCGCUGGCCGAGAGCGAGGUCAUCGCGCGGCUGCUGGACGAGGCGCGGGCGCAGGUGGGGGAGCGACUGUCCGGAGCGGCCACUGACCCUCCCGAGUGACCACUGGAGUGACCACUGACCCUCCCGAGUGACCUCUGACCCUCCCGAGUGACCACUGGAGUGACCACUGACCCUCCUGAGUGACCACUGGAGUGACCUCUGACCCUCCCGAGUGAGCACUGGAGUGACCACUGACCCCCCCAGGUGACCCUGGAGUGACCAUGGCUGCUCUGGCGCUGCCUGCCCGCGGUUUAAUAAAAUCUCCAAAACCU